UGAGUACAUUUGCAUUAUUUUUUGCAAUAUUGAAACCUGGAGCUCUGUGAUUGAGAAGAUAUACAUUGGACAUGCUUCUACCAUUUUGCACCUUAGAUAUCGUACUAUCGAUAAUAUUAAUAGCCAUCGUAGUUGUUUGCGCAUUAACCUCAAUCAUUACGGUACAAUUAUAUGUUGACGUUCUUGCUGAUUUCGUAGCCACAAUGAAAUAUCAUAAUAGGCCACUUUUUCUGUGUAUAAAUGUAAUAUUUGUAGGAUUAAUAGGCCGUCCUUCACACCGUGUAGUCAGUAGUAGAUAUUGUAACCUAAAUACCUAGUUAGCUACAGUGAGUUACAACACAAAAAGUAGCUAGCUAGAUACAUCAGCCGACUGCCUUCCAUAGCUCCCGCUAACGUUACUAGUUAGCUAGCUGUAACAGUGAUACCGCCACGUCUUCUUAUCCUCCCACCCGGAUACUGAGUGACCUUUACAAUGGCCGCUGCAAGAAAGCGUAAGCUAUCGGGCAUCGAAGAUGUGAUUGACAGAAAAGCAAAGAUUAUCAAAGACAGCGGUGAGAAGAGACACAUUGCAGCCCUGAUCCUCGCGAGGGGAGGUAGUAAGGGGAUCCCCCUGAAGAAUAUCAAAAUGCUAGCCGGUGUCCCCCUCAUUGGAUGGGUUCUGAGAGCUGCAGUGGACUCCAAACAGUUUGACAGGUAAUUCAGUUCAAUCUAAUAGUCAAAUGUCUUUCAAUCUAACUACAGUAUACAGUUCAAUGUAAUAGUCAAAUGUCUUUCAAUCUAACUAGAGUAUAUGGAGUUGCUUUGAUAGAAACUUGGUAGGCUAGCUACAUACAACCCACAUGAAAAAAUACUAGUAUACUAUGAUAUAAAUACUAUAGUAUUCACUGUAGUGUUUUUGCGGACUUUACUGUAGUAUACUGUAUUAUUUACAGUUAACUAUAGUUUACAUGCUGUAGUAAAAUAACUGUGAUUGCGCAAUGUAGUAUACUGUAGUAUUUACUGUAGUGUUUUUGCGGACUGUAGUAUACUGUAGUAUUUACUAUAGUGUUUUUGUUUUAAUAUCUUUGACAUAGAAGUGAGGGCUUUCUCCUUGAGGAAACCUACUAAACCUAUUUUCCAUAACCUGUAGAUAGGACUGGAGUGUGAACAGAUAGGUCAGUGCUUCUGCUCUUUUCUAACUGUAGGGAACACAAUAGAUGGUCUAUACUUGGCAUGUAGGUUUCUCACUUAUGGGUGGCACAAAUUAAUAUGCCAUGCCAUUUAGCAGACGCUUUUAUCCAAAGCGACUUACAGUCAUGCGUGCAUACAUUUUUGUGUAUGGGUGGUCCCGGGGAUCGAACCCACUACCUUGUCGUUACAAGCGCCGUGCUCUACCAGCUGAGCUACAGAGGACCACAAAUUGGGAUAUGGGGGAGGUGAAUGGGCAGGGUAUAUGCAAAUUACUGUAGUAUUUACUAUAGUUAAAAAGGGUGGUGUUUUUGCGGACAUUACUGUAGCAUUUGCUACAGUGUUUUUUUGCAGAUACUACUGUAGUAUUUACUAUAGUAUUCUACAGUAUACUACAACAUUCUCUACUAAGUACUACACAUGAUCAAGGGAUACUACAGUGUGUAGUAUAUUAUUCUACAGUAUACUAUAGUUUAUUACAGAAUUCUAUAGUAAGUAUUGUAGUAUUCUAUAGUAAACUGUAAUAUUUUUAAAUGUGGGAAAGCAUGUUGACAUUCUUGUUUUGGGUGGAUGGAUAAUAUUGUUAUUUGAAAGUUAGUGUACUGUCUCUGAAUGAACCCCCUGGCUUGGGCUUGGCCACACAAGACUGGAUUGGACUGAUGUAGCCUACUUGUUACAAAGCCUGAGGAAUCAACUUCUUCCGUUCUUUCUCCCAGUGUGUGGGUAUCAACUGACCAUGAUGACAUUGAGAAGGUGGCCAAGGCAUGGGGAGCUCAGGUUCACCGCAGGAGCCCAGAGGUGUCCAAAGACUCAUCCAGCUCUCUGGACACCAUCCAGGAAUUCGCUAGAUUAAACCCAGGUAGGGGGUGAAUCUCAAUUGUAUUUCCUUGAUUCCUCAUGUCCUCUCUCCUUGCCUCCUUCUCAAAAUGCAUUAGUGGAGGAUAUCUGAGUGGAGGAACCUCAGAUCUUCUGCUCCAAUGUGCUGUGACAAGGAGGGAGGCGUGAGGAAUCAAGGAAAUACAAUUGAGAUUCACUUUAUGACAUAGCAACAGGGAAGUGUCAACGUUGGUUAUCAUUUAUUGUGACAGAACCACACCCUCUUUGACAUUUCACAAUCGUUUGUAAUGACUGUUUGGCAGUGCUUUGUUAUAGAUGUCAGCCGUUAAUGGAAUAUAUGCAGAACAUGUUUAUCCACUAGCUAGACUAAGGAUCUGGGGCGGUAUGUAUCAAGCAUCUCAGAGUAGGAAUACUGAUCUAGGAUCAGGUCCCACCUGUCCAUGUAGUCUUAUUCAUUGUGAUCUAUGAGGCAACAUUUGGGAUUAUCCCAAUAAAGUGGGACCCACUCCAUAGCUACAGUUGACAACAGUGGCAGCAUAUACAAGAUUAUUACCGUUUCACAUACUCAUCUGAUCUCAAAUGGUAUCUCAUAGUCUGCUGUGUGUUGUCCUCCUCCAGAGGUGAAUGUGAUCUGUCACAUCCAGGCCACGUCUCCCUGCCUGCACCCCUUCCACCUGAAGGAGGCCCUGGAGAUGAUCACCAACCAGGGCUGCCAGUCCGUCUUCUCCGUGGUCCGACGACACCACUUCCGCUGGCAGGAGGUCAAGAAAGGAGGUACGGGAUGGCCUUGUGUUAUGUUUAGGGCCUUACACUUAGGCACGGUUUCCCGGAUACAGAUUAACAAUAGUGCUGGAUUAAGAAGCAAGGUCAAUGGAGUAACAUUGAAAAUUAUUUUUAGUUCAGGAUUAGGUUUAAUCUGUGUGGGGAAAAAACACCCCAGGGCUACUUUAAAAGUAGGGUCAGGAUUUUUUUCCUGACCACGUGACUGUCUAUCACAAUAGAGAGAUGGGGGGUGAUUAAACAAGUGAGUUUUUCUCCUGACCAGGAAGUAGUCUGGUUUCUAGUUAUAACCUAUUAACUCAUAUUAUGUGUUCUCUCUCCUCUUCAGGUAGUGUAGCCACCCAGCCUCUCAACCUGGAUCCAUCCAACAGGCUCCGGAGACAGGACUGGGAUGGAGAGCUGUGUGAGAACGGAUCUUUCUAUUUCUCCACCAGAGCCCUUAUCGAGAAAGGCGUACUGCAAGUAACUGUCACCAUGCCCCAUCAUGGCCCAUAUUCACAAAGCGACUCAGGAAGUAGUGCUGGUCUAGGAUCAGUUUUGAAAGAAUAGUGAGGAGACCAUCUGAACUUCAGUAUUAUGCUGUUAUUAAAGUUUAAACAAGGAUUGGUUCUUAAGGCUUCAUCAGCCUGGUUAUUAGUUGGUCACAGUCAAUAGUUCCUCAAUUCAUUAUUGCAUGUUCAGCCUAGGAGAGCCUGUAGUGUGUGUGUGUGAGAGAAAUUCCUCUUCAUUCGUUUAUUAGUAACAUUCCCCAACAAUAUCACUCUGUAUGCCGUAGUGACUAUGAUAUUAUUAACAAAUAUCCACUUCUAACACAAUCACAAUGAAUACGAUUAUAUGGACAGGGAGGACCUGAUCCUAGAUACGUGCCCAGAUGUUUAUCUCUGCUGUUGGUGGUGACUAAGCUUAUUUCCUUACUGGGAUCAAUAAAGUUUAUUCAUUCAGUGGACGUGCGCUUGUCUAGAAACAAAAUACACACUGAGAGAUGGACUGAUCUGUGAUACUACUAGAUAUUCUAUUGUCAACUGGUGUUGAUUGAAUGUUAAUAGAAAUGCCCUUUCUCUUGUGUUGUCUUUCUCAGGGGGGAAAGUGGGCUUACUAUGAGAUGCUGCCAGAGUACAGUGUGGAUAUUGAUGUUGAUAUCGACUGGCCCGUGGCAGAACAGAGAGUACUGAGGUAGUCUGAAAUCACUGACCUAGAGCUUCAAGUUCUCUCUCUGAAAAUGUUUACUUGAAUGCUAUUUGAAUGCACUUUAAAUUCGAUUUAGUGGUAAAGCAACACAAUGCUGUAACACAGAGGAGUGAUUCUCCAAAUGUAUUUCCCUGUGUGUUGUGUUGUUCCUCUCCAGGUUUGGUUACUUUGGCCUGGACAAGCCUGAGGUGGUGCGCCUGCUGCUGUGUAACAUCUCAGGCUGUCUGACUGAUGGCCGCGUCCUCAUCUCUGUCUCUGGAGAGGAGAUGGUCUCAGUCAACACCAGAGAUACCAUGGGUAUCCGCAUGCUGCAGAGAGAGGGGGUGGAGGUACAAUACAGAACAUUUCAAUGGUUUCCUUUACAAAUUCGACAUUACAAAGUAUCAAUGGCAACUGAUGCUGAAGUAUGACACAAUUCACAUAAAUACACUAUGCACAAGAAAAUCAUCAACACAAAAAAAGACAACUUUAAAAUACAUAUGUUUUGGGAGACCGUCAGUUCUAAGGGUAAGACGGAAGUGGUAGUCCCUAGCUCACUGGUUAAGCAGCCUAGUCAUCUAUGAUUCUGGUUAAGCAGCCUAGUCAUCUAUGAUUCUGGUUAAGCAGCCUAGUCAUCUAUGAUUCUGGUUAAGCAGCCUAGUCAUCUAUGAUUCUGGUUGAGCAGCCUAGUCAUGUACAUUACAUUCAGAAAGUAUUCAGACCCCUUGACUUUUUCCACAUUGUUAGGUUAGACGUAUUCUAAAAUGGAUUAAAUAAUUGAUUUCCCCUAAAUCUACACUCAGUACCCCAUAAUGACAAAGCAAAAACAGGUUUUUAGAAUUUUUAGCAGAUGUAUACAAAAUAAAUAUAUCACAUUUACAUAAGUAUUCAGACCCUGUACUUUGUUGAAGCACCUUUGGCAGCGAUUACAGCCUUGAGUCUUCUUGGGUAUGACGCUACAAGCUUGGCACACCUGUAUUUGGGGAGUUUCUCCCAUUCAUGUCUGCAGAUCCUCUCAAGCUCUGUCAGGUUGGAUGGGGAGCGUCACUGCACAGCUAUUUUCAGGUCUCUCCAGAGAUGUUCGAUUGGGUUCAAGUCCGGGCUCUGGCUGGGCCACUCAAGGACAUUCAGAGACUUGUCCCGAAGCCACUCCUGCAUUGUCUUGGCUGUGUGCUUAGGGCCGUUGUCCUGUUGGAAGGUGAACCUUCACCCCAGUCUGAGGUCCUGAGUGCUCUGGAGCAGGUUUUCAUCAAGGAUCUCUCUGUACUUCACUCCGUUCAUCUUUCCCUCCAUCCUGAAUAAUCUUCCUGUCUCUGAAAAACAUCCCUACAGCAUGAUGCUGCCACCACCAUGCUUCACCGUAGGGAUGGUGCCAGGUUUCCUCCAGACAUGACGAGUUCAAUCUUGGUUUUAUCAGACCAGAGAAUCUUGUUUCUCAUGGUCUAAGAGUCCUUUAGGUGCUUUUUGGAAAACUCCAAGUGGGCUGUCAUGUGCCUUUUACUGAAGAGUGUCUUCUGUCUGGCCACUCUACCAUAAAGGCCUGAUUGGUGGAGUGCUGCAGAGAUGGUUGUCCUUCUGGAAGGUUCUCCCAUCUCCACAGACGAACUUCGGAGCUCUGUCAGAGUAACCAUCUGGUUCUUGGUCACCUCCCUGACCAAGGCCCUUCUACCCAGAUUGCUCAGUUUGGCGGACAGCUCUAGGAAGAGUCUUGGUGGUUCCAAACUUCUUCCAUUUAACAAUGAUGGAGGCCACUGUGUUCCUGGGGACCUUCAAUGCUGCAGACAUUUUUUGGCACCCUUGCCCAGAUCUGUACCUCGACACAAUCCUGUCUCGGGAGCUCUACGGACAAUUCCUUUGACCUCAUGGCUUGGUUUUUGCUCUGACAUGCACUGUCAACUGUGGGAUCUUAGAUAGACAGGUGUGUGUCUUUCCAAAUCAUGUCCAAUCAAUUGAAUUUACCACAGGUGGACUCCAAUCAAGUUGUAGAAACAUCUCAAGGAUGAUCAAUGGAAACAGAAUGCACCUGAGCUCAAUUUGAGUCUCAUAGCAAAGGGUCUGAAUACUUACGUAAAUAAGGUCUUUUUUUUAUUUGUAACACAUUUGCUAAAAUUUAGAAAACCCUUUUUUCGCUUUGUCAUUAUGGGGUAUUGUGUGUAGAUUGAUUAGGAAAAUGUUUAAUUUAAUCAAUUUUAGAAUAAGGCUGUAACGUAACAAAAUGUGGAAAAAGGGAAGGGCUCUGAAUACUUUCCGAAUGCACUGUAAAUCCACUCCACCAACUGCAGUUUAAUAACCAAAAUCAAAUAAAAAAUCAAACUCAAGGUGUCAUGUCAUAGCUGACACACCAUUCUUUCUGGCCAGUGACAGUUAACCUCACAUAACAUGUUCAACUUAAAGCAGCAUUAAGCUACUAUAAAAUCUCAAAAGAAAAGCAUUAAUCCAAUCAUUUUACAUUUGUCAUUUAGCCAGAGCGAUUUACAGGAGCAAUUAGGGUUAAGUGCCUUGGUCAAGGGCACAUUGACAGAUUUUUCACCUAGUCCGCUCGGGGAUUCGGACCAGCGACCUUUUGGUUACUGGCUCAACGCUCUUAGCUGCUAGGCUACCUGGCUUCCCUUGUUUUGGCUUUGUGGCAGUAUUAAGGAUACAUUAAGUUAUGUAAAACCAGUUAGGUUGCUUAACAGAACAGGAUGUUUCACACCGUCUGCUCCUGGUAUAUCUAGAUUUAGCCCAUACCUUAUCACUGAAACCACCGCCCAUUAAACACACACACAUAGGCUACUAUUUACUUUAACUGUCAUAUGACAUUAUUUGUUUGAGUUUCCUCAUACCCUCUAAGGACACAUCUCAAAUGACAUCCUUAUUCACAUUAUUGACCCGAACCGUACUGUGCUGGCUAGGCUAUUGUCUUCUCCCACGGUCGGUUCCAGAAACUAUGGUGGAUGCGUAACCAGGCCGUCUCAGAUAUGAAAACUGUAUUUUGUCUCUCCUCCAGGUGAUCUUGAUCUCCUCCAGUGAGGACCCCCAGACCAAGGCCCUGGCUGACAAGCUGUCCCAGAGGACAGGCUGCGAGGUCAGGCAGCUGGGCAAGGACAUCCAAGGUGAGGUCAAAGCCAUGAUGGACGACAGGGAUCUGGACUGGAAGGAGGUCGCCUAUAUGGGUAAACUCACUAUUCUUUUCAUUUAACAAUUUACUACUACUGUUACUAUUACGAAUACUACUACUACUACUAAUGCAUUUUAGUUAUAUAGCACAGUUUUUAAAUAUAAUGGAAUCUUAAGGUUCUUAACCUUCUAUUUUGAGUAAUACUUGUGUGUUUUGUAUUUUUAUUUUUUAAUAUUUUUAUUUCACCUUUAUUUAACCAGGUAAGCCAGUUGAGAACAAGUUCUCAUUUACAACUGCGACCUGGUGUUCAUGUCAAUCAAAACGUAUGAAGAUCUUUAUUUGGAGCCCUUCUGAGAUGGAAAGGUAGAAUAGGCUAGAUAUCUCUCAGGAAUGUGACCGUAGCAGGGGUGUUUGAUAACCACGUAUCAAUGAAACUCAGACAGUAAAUGUCAACAGUGAAUUUUGAACCAGUUGAACCUGCAGAUUGAACUUGAUUGUAAUUGGCAUGGUCAAACACUCAAAUCAAAUCGUGAAAUGCUUACUUUACACAGCCCUUAACCAACAUGCAGUUUUUAAGAAAAAUAGUGUUAAGUAAAAAAUAGAUAGGUAGGUUAAAAGUGACUAUGCAUAGAUAAUAACAGAGAGUAUCAGCAGCGUAAAAUAGGGGCCUUGUGAAUGUUGACCUGUUUAAAUGUCCGUGAUCGCACAGUCAUCCGGAACAGCUGAUGCUCUUAUGCAUGCUUCAGUGUUGCUUCCUCAGUGAGCAUAGAUUUAAUUUAGAUCGUCUGGUAGGCUCGUGUCAAUGGCAGCUUGCGGCUGUUCUUCCCUUUGUAGUCUGUAAUAGUUUGCAAGCCCUGCCACAUCUAACGACGUCGGAGCCGGUUAGUAUGACUCAAUCUUAGUCCUGUAUUGACGCUUUGCCUGUUUGAUAUGGUUCGUCGGGAGGGGCAUAGCGGGAUUUCUUAUAAGCGUCCAUGUUAGAGCCCCGCUCCUUGAAAGCAGCAGCUCUACCCUUUAGCUCAGUGCGAUGUUGCCUGUAAUCCAUGCUUCUGGUUGGGGUAAUGUACGUACAGUCCACUGUGGGGACGACGUCUCGAUGCACUUAUUGAUGAAGCCAGUGACUGAUGUGGUAUGGGAAUUAAAAGCCCGGGAAAAAAGGAACUAACAUCUUCCCAUUUCCCCCUUUCAACAUUCACACCCCAAAACCCCUCCUUUUUUUUUUUCUCCUUGGUUUUCCUUUCCUCCCCCCCUUUCCAACCCUUUAUUUUUCCCCCCCCAACCCCCCCCCCCACCCCUCCAAACCCCCCUCCUCUCUCUCCUCUCAUCCCCCCUGUUUUUCCCCAUGCCAGGAAGUGAUUGUAAGGGUUUUUCAAAAAAUUAAAUAAAUUGCCCCCAUUCAAAGCUCCCUAUUAUUUAAGGGAGACAGGGGGAAAAAAAGGGUUUAUUAAAAAGCUCCUCUAUUUUUAAGGGGGGAACAGGGGGGAAAAUGAUUAAAAAAUUCCCCUAAAAUUUUAAAAGGGGGGACAGGGGAACUGUCUGAUUUAAUAGCUCCUCUAUUGUAAGGGGGGAAGGGGGGAAAAUUUUCUGAUUAAAUGGGUCCCCUAUUAGAAGGGGGGCGGGGGAAAAAUGCCCGAUUAAAUAGCUCCUCUAUUAGUAAGGGGGAGACGGGGGAAACUGUCUGAUUAAAUAGCCUCCUCUAUUAGUAAGGGGAGACAGGGGGAAACUGUCUGUUAAAUAGCUCCUCUAUAGUAAGGGGAGACAGGGGGGAAACUUGUCCUGAUUUAAAUCAGCUCCCUAUUAGAGUAAGGAGGAGACCAGGGGCAAACUGCCUGAUUAAAUAGCUCCUCUAUUAGUAAGGGGGAGACAGGUUUGGUUUAAGUGCUCAUUGUGUAAAGAGUGUCUCUAUUUUCCCUCUGCUUGUAUGCUAGGCUAAACCACUGCAGAAAACUACUGGAUUGUUCAUUAAUUUGGCAUGCCACUGCCAGUCACUGAAUAUUUAUGGUUAUAAGUGAGAAGGGAGGUGCCAGCAGUCAAAUCCUGUAGAAUUUGGGAUAGAAUUUUCCAAUUUAAUCAAUUUCUAAAAAGAAAAUAGUUUUUUUUAUGAUUCUCUUAAAUCAUGUCAUAUUUUGCAUGUUUUUUUAUGUUAUGUUUUUGCAACAUACUAAUUAAUCAUCCUAAAAAUACUUCAGAACCACCUAAUGGAUACUUUUUAAUAGGAAAAUGUACUUAUCUCAACCCUCCAUCUCUCCCUCCUACAGGUAAUGAUGCCCCAGAUGUUGACUGUCUGAACCUGGCUGGGCUGAGUGCAGUACCCCCCGGGACGCCCCCAGUGGUGGCGGAUCAACGCUGCUAAAUACUCCUGCCACAAUGCUGCAGGGCUGGGGGCUGUGAGGGGAGUUUGCUGAACACAUCCUGCUGCUGAAGAAGAAGGCCAAGUCUCAGAUGGAACAGGACCGCAUACACAGAAGUACAUUCUAAACUCUAGAAUGUCUUC